AUGGAGGCUCUCCUGGAAAUCUUCCUCUUCUCUCUGCUUGUGACUUUAGGAACCUCUUUGCAAUGUGAAACUUGCAGUGCUGUUGGCAAGAGCUGCUCAGGCCUCCCGAUGACUUGUUCUGCCAGCCAUGACACUUGUUCUUUUUCUUUGGCUGAAACCUCAAUAGUUGGACACGGGGGGGAAAUUCUCUGUUGCACGGGUCUCUCCUGUGCAUUGGCUUCUCCUCAAUUGCCACCGAUCAACGCCACGGCCAAUGGAAAGCAAUGCCCAGGCUGCUAUUCUUUUGCAGGUUCAUGCGUUCCAGAGGUGGCGUAUUGUACUGGCUCUGAGAACUACUGUUUUGAUGCCCUUAUACAUAAGUAUGAUGGCUCAUUUCGGGCUGAAUCAGGCCCACACAGGGGCAUGAUUCAGCCCUUUGGUGAGUGCGGGAGCACUCCCGGGCUGCCCUUCAACCUGCGUGAUGACAUCACUUCCUGGAGAGAUGCUGAAGCCUCCAUAGGGUAA